GUAAGCAUUGUCACGAAAUAUAUUAUUGGUAGGUUAAGCGUCGCUUUAUCUAUCCUUGCCCUUGGCUACAAAAAAGCCAACCCAUAUGCUCUGUUUCUCCUCUGCUCUAUGUUAUCUCUCCCUACCUACAUCCUAGUACUCACCCCUCUAUGCACAAACAUUCCCCUUCUGAACAACAAUGACCCGAGCAACAUGUCACGAAACUCCUAGCAGCAGCAGCAGCAGCAGCAGCAGCAACAACAACUCCACUUCAAAACCCGAGAAAACUAAAGAAACAGAGACCUCAAAACAAAGCAAGGCAAAGAGAAACAGAGAGCAGAGCAAGCACCCGGUUUACCACGGCGUGCGAAUGCGCAAUUGGGGCAAAUGGGUGUCCGAAAUUCGCGAGCCUCGCAAGAAAUCACGAAUCUGGCUCGGCACUUUCGCCACGCCCCAAAUGGCGGCACGUGCGCACGAUGUUGCGGCUCUGAGCAUAAAAGGCCACGCCGCCAUUCUCAACUUCCCCCACUUAGCCAACAUGCUUCCGAGACCCCUCACGUGCGCCCCGCGUGACGUCCAAGCCGCCGCCGCCGAAGCCGCCGCCAUGGUGGAGUUCGACCGCGAGGGCUCGGAGUCGGACUCGGAAGAGCUGAGUCAGAUUGUGGAACUGCCCAACAUCGAAGAGAGGUUGGACUCGGUUGAGUCGAGAAGUGAGUUCGCUUUUGUUGACUCGGUGGAUAGUUGGGUGUUUCCUCCUCCAAUGAGCAUUUGUGAGAUGAUGUUUGGAGAAGCUAGUUUUAUCUUGGAAACCUCUCACUAUCUUUGGGACUGAUCACCAAUAAACACAUCUCAUGUUCCUUUACCAAACAUGCCUUCCCUCCUCAAUUUCAAAGGUUGUUUCGCUCUUUCGUUGCUUCCCUCACUUUAAUAUGUAACAUGUUAUAUGCACAUAAUACACUAUAUAUUUCACAUUUA